CAGUGGCAGCCGGGGCCGGGGGCGCCCGUGACGUGUGGCGGCAGCGCGCGCGGCGGGCGGCUGUUAGUUGUCCCCCUCCCCGCGGCGGCGGCCGUUAACGGUCAGUGUGGGAGGAGGAGGAGGAGAGCGGGGCGGCCGCCUCCCCCUCUCCUUGAGGCGGUCCGCCCGGGAGCGAUGAUGGCGGCGGCGGCCGACCUGGAGUCCUCGCUGGAGCUGAGCCUGACGGGCAGCGGGGCGCUCCCCGCCGGCGGGCUGCCCCCCGCCCGCUCCCGCAUCUUCAAGAUCAUCGUCAUCGGGGACUCCAACGUGGGGAAGACGUGCCUCACCUACCGCUUCUGCGCCGGACGCUUCCCUCAGCGCACCGAGGCCACCAUCGGCGUGGACUUCCGCGAGCGCGCCGUCACCAUCGACGGCGAGCGCAUCAAGAUCCAGCUGUGGGAUACGGCGGGCCAGGAGCGCUUCCGAAAGAGCAUGGUGCAGCACUAUUACAGGAACGUACACGCUGUUGUGUUUGUGUACGACAUGACAAACAUUGCCAGUUUCCACAGUCUGCCGUCCUGGAUAGAGGAAUGCAAACAGCACCUCCUUGCCAAUGAUAUACCACGGAUUCUGGUUGGCAAUAAAUGCGACCUGAGGAGCGCUAUUCAGGUACCUACGGACUUGGCCCAGAAGUUUGCCGAUACUCACAGUAUGCCCUUGUUUGAAACCUCUGCCAAAAACCCCAAUGACAAUGACCAUGUGGAGGCCAUAUUUAUGACACUGGCUCACAAGCUUAAAAGUCACAAGCCAUUAAUGCUUAGUCAACCCCCAGAUCGCGAUGAAAUACGUAUAAAGCCUGAACCAAAACCUGCCAUGACCUGCUGGUGUUAAAUUGGUUAUCACCUUGUCUUGUUUGCAAAUGCUUCAAAAUUAUGAUCUUGGCAAAGUCCCAGGUUUUGGUAGCGAUUGUAGCGAGUCUCUUUGGCACUUUAAUGUGUUGGGUUUUUUUUUUAUUUUCUUCUAGUGUAGAUGUGCCCAUUUCAUGUUCUUGCACUUUGUAAUUGUACUUUCUGAAUUACUGAAGUUUCACUAUAAAUAUAUGGGAAAGUAGACGUUCAAGUGAAGUUUUGACAAAGCAAUUCUACUUGAGCUCUUGCUGCCUGAGGUUGUUGUCAUCACUUGUGGUAAGGUUAUAAAUAGUAAGCCGGUUUACUAACAUUUUUGGUUGCUACUUGCAUUGCAAGGAGGAGAAAAAGUGCUUUGUGGCAGCCAGAUAGCUUUAUUUUUGGGCCAGUGAGUGUGGAGGUUUUCGGUAUAUGAAGGAAUAUUUGGUGACUUCUAGCAAACUGCUAAGCAAGUACCUUUUUAUUUUAAAAACAAAACCCAGGGCUGUCAGAUAAAGCUUGGGCUGUCAGCAUAGGUGCAAACUGCUAGCUUUUGGCCCGUCAUUCCACUGUAAACUUUGUCUGUUUAUUCAUGGCAAUGGUAAGAGAAUUGACAAACUUGUCCCUACCUCUAGACAAUUAUUUGAUACUUAAAACUUCAUUAAUUUUUCAUAAUUAGCAUGUAAAUCUAAACUAUGCAUUCCUUUUUAUGGAAAGUACUGUAGCACAGGGUUUGGAGUAAAUUUGGGGCUAUUAACUGUCCAUAACUUCUCUGACCUUACUAAAACUUCAAUGAAGACUUAUUUCUAAAGAUGCUGUGUUUGAGUUGAGUAUCCCAGGGUAAGUAAAAACACUUAAGUAAAUAAAAGAUUGAGUGAAGCUGGCAAAAGCAUGCUGGUUUUCAAAGACUGGGGUUUCAGAGUAUUUUAGUGAUAAUGAACGCUUCUCAAAAUAUCUUGAAAAAGCUUUUUACGACCAACUUGAUAAUAUAUUUUAGGGAUGGAAAUGCUUAGGACAAAAAGUUAGGAAUAUGGUACUUACUUAAGAUACUUCUGAAUCCAAAAUAAAUUAGAUCUUGAAGCAUCAUCUGUUACAGAUUUUUGAGCAAAAACUUGCUCGUGUAAUGUCACAGCUGUGUGCUGAGCAUCCUUGGCGUUACUAAUGUGAGUUACUAAUGUACUGGGUCAGGUGAAGGAAAUAGCUCCUCUAGAACCACCUUCUGCUGUGUUCUCAUAACUGCAACCGUCUCAUUUCAGUCUGAAGGUCAAGUUUCAUAAUAACAAUGGUGCUAGGUUGCACAUAAUGGCAUAAAGCAAAACGUAAGCCGUAGAACGCAAUCUAUGACUUCAUAUGCCAUGUCAAACAAUGCUUCUUGACUUAGUUUUUAAAGGAAUUGAAGUAAAAAUGAAGAUUUUUUGAUUUGCGAUGUGUAGUGUUUGAUGCUGACUGGAAACUAAACAGAAGGGCCAGUUCAGAGGCCCUACUGAUCACAUUAGAAACAAAUUAUUGCAACAAGAUAACUAAUAUUAUAUAAACUAUUAUGAUUAAUAAUUUGCAAUUCCACUGCAAGUUUUACUGACAAAAGAAAAACGCAUUGACUUUUUUCUAGAUUUAGAAGGAGCAUUUAAUUUGGUCUAAUAUGAUGAAGAUGUUUAAAAAGAAUCUAAACAAAAGGUAACUUUUUUUUUCCUGGGUAAAGCUGCUACAACUGUGACAGUUAUUUUGUUUAGGAAACAUUUGUAAAAGGGAACUUUUGUAUUCACUCUGAACCUUACACAACUAGAAUUUGGUUUACAGUCCUUUCAGAAACAAUCAGCUUUUAAACACUAGUGUCCUUAAUGAUUUUUUUAAGAAAAGGAUUGAUCUUAAAUUUAUGUGUAUACUAUUGUAAAUAAAUAUGGUUUACAGUCCUCUUGGACAAUUUGUUUCUCACUCAUGUCCUUAAUCCUUUUACUCAAAAGGAUCCAUCUUAACUAUUUGUAUAAUAACUAUGUCAGCAAACAUUGUUUGUUUUGUUUUCUUUUCUUUUUUAAUAAAUAAAACAGAUUGAAGAAUUCCAAAGUCAGUCAUCAGGUUGGGGGUUAAGGUAAGGAAAUCAUGUAGCUACCAUGUUACUGUUAAAUUUGAUAUCAAACAUCUACAAAUCUGUUAAACUUUAUGUGAGUUAUUCACAACGUGUAAAUAAGGGCCCUCAUGUCAUUAAAAUUGUGUGGAAACAAUGUUUAACUAUGUAAUUUUGUCUUCAGCACAAAGCAUGUUGUAAUGGUUCUGCCAUAAAGGUAACGUGGUCAUUAAGGCAGGAUUCAGUGUGCUUCAGUGGUAAUGUGCCGCCCACGAAAUUGAUGUCAAAAGUACUGAAUACUUUGUAUAUGUAUUUUCACUUUACCAAACUGUAAAGUUGGGUUAUUUUGUAUGUGUCGGGGGGAGGGCAAGAAAGACACAAUCCCUGAAACCUAAUAAACUGGCUUUGCCACAAA